AUGUUCAAUCGAUUCUGUUUUUAUAUAUUACCUCAAAUUCAACACAAUAUCCAAUGUCUUACUCUUGAUCCUUGGUCAAUGACUAGUGUUCUUUCUAUUGGAAAUUAUCCUAAACUUCAUAAACUUACUCUUAUUAAUCUCAAAGUUGAAAUGGCUAAUAGUAUUUUCUGUACCAAUUCAUCAUUUGUUUCCAUAUUUCAACAUCAGAUUUCAAAUCUUGUUAUAAUGAUUAAUGGUACUAGUGGAUAUCAAUAUAGAUGGUGUCUAUGCUCAUGUAUUUUUGCCCAAAUUUAUAUGAAGUUUACAAAUCUAACUCAUUUCCAGUUUGAUUUAAUAAACAAUUGUAUAUAUGCACUAGAACUUGCUGGUUUACCGUCUGUAUGUUAUUCAUCAAGUAUUGUUCAUUUAAAUCUUAAGGUGAAGACGUUUAAUGAUUGUCUUUGGUUACUCAAUGGCCAUCUUAGUCAAUUACAUACAUUAGUUGUUCAUGUUGAACACAUUCAUAAUACAUCAGAGAUUAUCAACAAUAAGAAAACUGUGUCGAAUCUGAAAUGUUUUUCGUUGACAUCAUUUUCUAUAACAUUGGAAUAUGAUAAUCAAAUUAUUCCACUCUUUCAUCACAUGUCACAAUUAGAAAAAUUAACAUUAUCUCUUUAUGUUCAUGGUCGAACUUCAUUUAUUGAUGGUACUCAUCUGAAUAAUUAUAUCAUUAGUAAAAUGCCCUAUCUACAUAGAUUUAAUUUUGAUAUUGUCACCGAAAUUGUCAUAAUCAAAAAUGAAUAUUUGCCAACAUCUGAUGAUGUUCGACGUCCACUUAUCGAAAAAGGAUAUAAUGUUGAUUGCUAUGUUGACUAUCUUGGAACUGAAAGAGGUCGAUGUCAUAUUUACUCGGUUUCCUCUACUAUGGAACGUAUGCAUGUAAUUACUAACAAAUUUCCUGACGGUAUAUUUAUGAAUGUUCGUAUGGUAUAUGUGAGUGAUUCGGUGCAUUCAAUUGAAUAUGAUUUCUUCGUUCGAAUUUCACAAGCAUUUCCAUUACUUGAAGAUUUAACUGUGUUAAGUACUGUUAACCAACAGAAAUCGACAAAUGAACUAGAUGAACAUGAACAAACGUUUUCAAUUAUUGAAUAUUCUCAUCUGAUGACACUCGAUCUAAUUUCGUCUCAUAUCGACUAUGCGAAACAAUUUCUUCUUAAGACAAGUUUACCACGUCUUAGUACACUAGGAAAAGCAUGUAUUUUACAUCAAUUUAUUAAAAAUAAAUUUAAAACAAAUGUAACACAUACAAUUGGAGCUGAAUUUGGUUCAAAAAUAAUAAAUAUAAAUAAAAAAAAUAUGAAAUUACAAAUCUGGGAUACUGCUGGACAAGAAAGAUUUCGAUCAGUAACAGAUAGUUAUUAUCGUGGUGCAUCUGCUGCUUUAUUAGUUUAUGAUAUAACAAAGUAUUGUGUCAUUGAAUAUUUAUUCAAAUGUUGA